AUGGAUGGUAGUUAAUAACACAAGUUUGGAGCAGUUUGGAGGGCAUUCGAUGCCUAGCUAAGAACAUUUUAUCUCAAUUAUAUUUAAAGAAUAAACUCUAGUUUCAUAAAUUGUAACUUCUCGACAAACGCGCUUGCGUUCGUCAGAAGAUUUCAUUUAGUCGGCGUAAGCAUUGGGCUUAAUAAUUAUGAUGGCGAUUUGACGAGCCAAGUCGAUAUUCUUGCCAAAUGUCUGAAAUUCGGUGAAUUUUUACUAUCUAAUUUGAAGCAUGGCUACUCCGACAAACGGCAAUGGAAAUCUGGUCGACGAAUUCGAAGAAGCAUUUCAGCAAUGUCUGAAUAUCUUGACAAAGGAUGAAAGCCUCGGGAAUAACAGCGUAGGCGCAGGUCUAGCUGUUGACAAAGACGAGGCACGAGGAGAAGUUGAACAAGUUACUUUGAGAUUCAUAGACCUCGCUCGGCAAAUGGAAGCAUUUUUCUUACAAAAACGUUUCUUGCUGUCCGCUUUGAAGCCUGAGUUGGUUGUCAAGGAAGACAUAAAUGACCUGAAAGUAGAACUUGUUAGGAAAGAUGAACUGAUCAAGAGGCAUUAUGAUAAAAUUGCCAUAUGGCAAAAUUUGCUAGCGGAUUUACAAGGCUGGGCCAAAUCGCCGGUACAAGGACCUGCGCCCAAUGGACUGGCAAAUGGCAGUGGAGUUCAGCCCCAACCACCUGGUAAUGGAAGUGGAGGGCCCGUAUUGCAACAGCAGCAGCAACAACAACAGCAACAGCAGCAGCAACAGCAGCAGCAACAGUUGUUACAGCAUCAACAACAACUCCAGCAACAACAGCAACUGCAACAGAUACAGCAGCAUCAACUGCAGCAGCAACAACUCCAUCAACAACAGGUGCAACAAGGUGCAGGUGCUCCGCCACCUCAGGGUCUACAAGGCGUCGGUGUAUCGGUGGCACAACAAGGGAUGUUCAUGUCACAAGGGGGUGGGGGAAGAGCAGGCUUUGGGGUAGGAGGUGGUGCUUUACAGGGUCCACUCGCAUUCCUUGAGAAGACUACAAGCAAUAUAGGAAUGCCGGAAGGACGAAGGUGACGCGGACGAGGGAGGGGGCGAGGCAGAGGUCGAGGAAGAGGCAGAGGUAGGGGACGUGGUUUGGCACAACCGUCCCUCCUCGAUCCUUCCGACCCUUCUUCGUAUGCUGCUGCUGCCGCAGCGCCCCUUCCCUCUCAACAACAGCAGCCUCCUCCUCCAUGUACUUAAAAUUCCUUUCCUUUCUGCCUUUGUUGUCUACAGUUGAUUUUACUUGGAGGAUUUAGUAAUUGUAACAAUUACCAACAAUAUUUUCCUGUUAUUACAUUUAGUUUCUUUUUCAUAACUAUAAAACUUUUUUGUCUCAAUAUCCAAAUUUUGUUACCUUGAUACUAAAUAAUAAGUACAAAACCUGUUUAGAAUCGUAUGUAAUUCUUUUUAAUAGACUUUUUUUUUUUUGUUUUGUAAUACGAAUCGUGAAUGUCAAAGUUUUCCAUGUCACAUUGGCAUAGAAAACUUUGACAUGCAAAUAAUAAUAGUAAGCAAUAA